GACGCCGCUCCGGCAAGACGAAGUCGGCGGAGAGGGAGAAGGAGAGCGCCGGCGAUAGGAACGAGGGUCUCACCGCACGGCAGGUCGUUGGUGCUGUGGCGGUCGCGGUGUUGGUGGCUGUGUUUUAGCCGUGCUGGGGUGGCAUGGGGGGGAACGGGGAGUCUGUUUUUGGUUUUUUGGUUUUUAUACCUGGCGUUUGGGCGGGGGGAACGGAGCUUUUGUUUAUGGCGUCUUAUGGGCUUGGGAAUGAAUGGACGGACAUGGGAAUGGGAAUGGGAAUGGAUGAACAUAGGUAUGAUCGGGGGAAAUGGCGGGGAGGACGGCGCUGGAGCCUGGAUCACUGCGAUGCAUCAUGAUCCGGCUGUGGUGUAUUAUACGCAUGUACAUUGUGGAGGAUUAUAGGAUGUAAAUAUUUUCCGCGGGAAUGCGCACAAAUGGGCCAAUCGAUCAAGAAAGAAAGUUGAUCAUUUAAUAUUUAUUUGGUUCAUAAGUGAGAAUUCGGGUGUGGG